CAAAACCCAAACACUAUGCACAGCUGCUAGCUUAAACGGGCAUUGUAGAGAAAGGCGCAGGCCCACAGCGUUAAUGAAAUUAGAUUAUUAGGGGCUGCUUUUAAACUGGCACGCUGUUUCCCGGCACGCCAUUAUUGCGUCUUGUGUAACUGAGCUUUCCUAAGGUUGUCUCAUGGUUUGGCCGAAAACUGACUGAAAGCAGGGCGGAGGUUGUUUGGAUGUGAGGCUCCAAGACGAGAGGCACCAUGAGUGCGGAGUUGGAUGCACUGACGGUGGUCAACCAGCUGCGAGAUCUUGCCGCAGACCCCCUCAACCGCAGAGCCAUAGUAGAAGAUCAAGGCUGUCUGCCAGGUCUCAUCCUUUUCCUGGACCACCACAACCCUCAGGUGGUGUACUCUGCACUGUUGGCCGUGCGCUACCUGGCAGAAUGUCGAGCCAACAGGGAGAAGAUGAAGAGCGAGUUGGGCAUGAUGCUGAGCUUGCAGAAUGUCAUGCAGAAGAGUACGUCUCCUGGAGAAACCAAACUCCUGGCUUCAGAGGUCUAUGAGAUUUUGCAGGCGGCCGGUAAAGAAGAGGCGGAACAAGCCGAAGCGGCCGCCGCCUCCUGUCGGCGUAAAGCUCAGUUCUUCCUGGGCUCCAACAACAAGCGCGCCAAGACUGUGGUGCUGCACAUUGACGGACUGGACGACUCGACUCGGAGGAGCCUCUGCGAGGAGGCCUUGUUGAAGAUCCGAGGAGUCAUCAGCUUCACCUUCCAGAUGGCCGUCAAGAGAUGUGUUGUGAGAAUCCGCUCGGACCUUAAAGCUGACGCAUUGGGCACAGCAAUCAACUCCACUAAAGUGAUGAAAGCCCAACAGGUGGUGAAGACAGACGAUGGAGGAGAGCUGAUCAUGCCAUUCCAAGAGGACUGUGAAGGGGCGGCGGCCUUGGAGGAGAACACCGACAUCCCGGACUACCUGCCCGAGGAGGAGAGUCCGUCCCAGGAGCAGGACAAGGCGGUGACACGCGUGGGCUCGGUCACCGACGGCAUGGGCUGGCUCAACACGGCCGCCAACUUCCUGACUCGCUCCUUUUAUUGGUGACACGGUCACCGGCUUUACCGUUAACACCGCCACCGCCACCUUGGACUCAAACCCUCCCUCUUGCCUAGCACGCACACACAGCGCCAACACAUGUAUGAAACGAGUGCUGCAGCGUGCGUGCGUGCGUGCGUGCGUAUAUAUUGAGCGCAGAGACAGUAUACUAGGACUUUCCUGACCAUUUUUGUGCAUGGUUUUUGGUUGCUUUCCCAAUAUCUAUCUUUACUUUCAGAUUGAUUGAUGAUCAUUUCCCACCUCUGUCAGUUCUUUUUGAGCAUGCUUUAGUGCCAAUCUUGCCUCAUGGCUUGACUUCUGAUAUUUGUGUGCCUUUUCUUUGGACAUUUCACUGUAAUUAUUCUAAUUUAUUCAUCAUUGUAAUUUCCUUCCACUAUUUAGAGAGCUCAGAACACGCAAGACGGGACGCUGACGGGAUGAUUGACAGCUCAGACUUGCUCGCUUCGCUGUCCCACCUAGUAAACUAGAGGCACCUAGUCUAGUUUAUCUAGCAGUGUCCUAAAAUGCUGUUAUACCAAUAAGAACAGGAUGUACAUUUUGUAAAUGGUGUCUGACCCUCCUACCAUCAAAAAAAAAAUCUUGAAGGAAA